UAAUUUGUCUGAAAGAGAGAAUCUUGGGUUAGAUAGACACCAAUCCACCCCUACAAUUGUCUGUCUGUCUCACUCUCCAUUUGCACAAAAUUUCUUGCUUUCCUCACUUCAACCACAGUGCAUCCAAACCUCCAAAAAAAAUCAAGAAAAUCCAGUUUCUUUCUUUCUCUCUCACACACAAACACACACUGACACUUUGGUGAAGAAAUCAAAACCCCCCACUUUUGAUCAAAACCGUUAUUUACAUAAAAAAGACUCCAUUUUUAUUCCCCCCUGUUUCUCCUUUCCAUUUGCACUUUCCUCAAGCAGAGUAUAUAUAUAAAUUAAGAGCUGAAGUGAGAGAAAUGUUGGAGAAAAUGGAGGAGAGAUUGGAUCCGGAGGCGGUUAUCGAAGAAUUCGAGGCGCUAUCUAGAGAUGCAGAGAGAGUUCAGAGAGAGACCCUAAGAACAAUCUUGGAACAAAAUGGAGAAUCAGAGUAUUUGCAGAGAUGGGGGCUCAAUGGAAGAACAGAUCCUCAUAGUUUCAAGACACGUGUCCCUCUCGUCUCUCACGUGGACUUGGAGCCUUACAUUCAACGUAUUGCCGACGGCAAAAGCCCCUCCGCCCUCACCGGAAAACCCAUUACCACCAUUUCUUUGAGUUCCGGUACAACUCAAGGGAAGCCAAAGUUUGUGCCUUUCAACGACGAAUUGAUGGAUAGCACGAUGCAGAUUUACAAGACCUCGUUUGCGUUUAGGAACAGGGAAUAUCCAAUAGCAAAUGGAAAAGCACUGCAGUUCAUAUACAGCAGCAAACAAUUCAAGACAAAAGGCGGCUUAGCAGCUGGCACAGCCACCACAAAUGUUUACCGAAACGAAAAAUUCAAGAAAACAAUGCGGGCCAUGCAAACCCCAUGCUGCAGCCCGGACGAAGUCAUUUUCGGGCCUGAUUUCAACCAAUCGUUAUACUGCCACCUGUUAUGUGGCCUAAUUUCCCGUGACAAAAUCCAAGUAGUUUCCUCCACAUUCGCACACAGCAUAGUCCACGCUUUUCGAACAUUCGAACAAGUAUGGGAAGAUCUUGUCACCGAUAUUCGAAAAGGGUCUUUAAAUAGCAGAAUCACAGUCCCUUCGGUUCGAACAGCUGUCACAAAGCUGCUCGAGCCGAACGCUGAGCUGGCGGAUAAGAUCUAUCAAACGUGCGCUGGGUUGAGUAACUGGUAUGGGGUUAUAAAGGAGCUUUUCCCGAAUACGAAGUAUAUAUACGGUAUUAUGACCGGUUCGAUGGAGCCCUAUCUGAAGAAGCUGAGGCAUUACGCGGGCGGGUUGCCCCUGUUGAGUGCGGAUUACGGGUCGUCCGAAGGAUGGGUCGGGGCGAAUGUGAACCCGUUAUUGCCGCCCGAGAUGGCUACUUUUGCGGUUCUUCCCAAUAUCGGGUAUUUCGAAUUUAUACCUUUGAAGGAAGGUUCGGAUGGAGGAGAGCGAGACGCCGUAGGGUUGACUGAAGUCGAGGUAGGGGAGGAGUACGAGAUUAUUGUCACUAAUUUUGCAGGAUUGUACCGUUACAGAUUAGGAGACGUGGUCAAAGUCAAAGGCUUCCACAACUCGACGCCGGAGCUCCAAUUCAUCUGCAGGAGAAACCUCCUCCUCACGGUCAAUAUAGACAAGAACACCGAAAAGGAUCUCCAAAUCGCCGUCGAAUCGGCGGCCAAUCUCUUAGCCUCGGAAAAGCAAGAACUCGUUGACUUCACGAGCCGAGUCAACUCGGCCGUCGACCCCGGACACUACGUGGUCUUCUGGGAAAUAAGCGGGGACCCGCAAAACAACGAAGUCCUCCAAGAAUGCUGCAACUGUUUGGACAGGUCAUUUGUCGACGCGGGCUACGUCGGGUCCCGCAAGAUCAACUCAAUUGGUCCGUUGGAGCUUAGGAUUGUGAGGAAGGGUACUUUUCACAAGAUAUUGGAUCACUACGUUGGAUUGGGAGCUGCGGUUAGCCAGUUCAAAACGCCGAGGUGUGUGGGCCCCAAUAAUGGUGAUGUGCUGCAGAUAUUGUCUGUUAAUGUUGUUAAGAGCUACUUUAGCAGUGCUUAUUAGGGUUCUUGUGAAUUAAUUUGGUUUCUUUUUUUUUUUUUUUUUGGGUGUUUGAAUUGAUGCAACAAGUGUAGUUUUUCCAUUGUUUUACUAGGUUUUGAUGGGUAAAAUUGUCCGGAUAAUAAAAGUUCUUGAAAUUGUGUAUAAAGUUGUAGGUGGAGUUUAUUGCAUUUAGCACCCCUAUGUUUGCUCUAA